CUGGUGGCGUUGCCAGACCACGUAGCAUCGCAAAUCUCCUAAACAAGCCAAACGCCUGUUACAGCGCCAAAAGUCGCGACAUCUUAAUUAAACAUUUUAUUAAUAUUGUUAAAAUGUCCAGCAGCAAACUAAAUCCCAGGGAAUCUGGAGCGUAUAUCGUAGAACAUGCCAAGCAUGUUCGCAUUCUGCCCGCAGGCAUUGAAAAACUAACGCAGGAAAUCGUAGAAGCCCUAAUAGAAAAGCGCAUUGCUGUGGAAAACUUCUCGCAGCACGAAUUACAUCCAAAUCCGGACUCAAAACAGCCGGAGGAGUAUUCCAAAGCAGCCGACUGGGUCUUUGUGUUGGACACUCUAAACUUUUGCUUCUGGACCCCCGAUAACUACACCAAAUACAAGGUCGAUGGCUAUACCGGCUACUUUGCUCUGUGUGCUGCGGUUAAGAGAGCCAUCAAGGAAGGUGUGGAUGUGAUCACUCCCAAGUUCUAUUCUAAGAUUGAUCUAAAAACCCUGGAGAACAUUUUCCGCUCUGACGAUGGGGAGACCGUGAUUCCGCUGCUCCAAAAGCGUCUGGAAUCGCUCCACGAAGUGGGCAAAGUUCUAAUCGACAAGUACGGUGGCAGCUUUGAGAAUGUUAUCAAGAAGGCCGAGAAAUCGGCAGUCUGUUUGCUGAAUCUCAUUGUGGAGGAGUUUCCCUGUUUUCGAGAUGAGGCAGAGUUCGCUGGAAAGCGAGUUUCCAUCCUGAAACGAGCCCAAAUCCUGGUGGGCGAUGUGUGGUCAUGCUACAGAGGUCAGGGACUUGGAUACUUUAAUGACAUCGAUCAGAUAACCAUGUUCGCCGACUAUCGAAUUCCCCAGGUGCUGGUGCACUUUGGCAGUUUGGAAUACACAAGCGAGCUAAUGGAGUUCCUAAAGACGGAUACUAUUCUGGAGAACGGCGAUCCCCGAGAGGUGGAGAUACGCGGCGCAUCCAUACACAUCAUCGAGCAAGUUAGGGAUGCUGUGGUAAAGAUACUCAAGGAGCAGCACCCCGAGAUCUCACUGGACAACGUCAACUCCAUUGUGAUCGAUCAGUAUCUGUGGGACUACCGGCGUCGGCACAAUGCCGACUUGGAGCACAUUCCCUUCCACAAGGUGCUGAGCAUCUACUACUAGCGACGGCAACACAAAUAAAGACGGUUGUUUUGUAAAA